CUCGACGUCCGUCACUCGUCAGGCGUCACAGACUCACUACACCACACACUGACACUGCAUGCCCCGCUGUGACCUGCAUUGUUUCCGCUUCGUUCUGCUGCGACUGCGAGUGUGAUGUUCUGCCUUCUGUUUUGACUUGAGCGGCACUGCUAGUACUAGUGUUGGUCGUUCUGCCGCAGUUUGGUUCAUGAAGUAAGUUCAUCGACAACAGCAUCCUUGAGGGGUGGCUUUGUCUUGCAGAGCCGAACUCAGCGGGGCAGUGUUGUUGGAUCAGCAGAGCUACUUGGAAUGCUCGCGCGCAAGGUUUUUGCCACCGAACAUCCACCCGCUCGUGAAGUGUUGCAUCGAGAAAAGAAGUGACUGUACCAUUGCCCGGGCCAUUUCUGGUGGCGUAGGACAAUGGACGCAGAGGAUGGGGCGCGGCGCACCAGCGAAGCCAGCGCCAAUCAUCCGGGCGUCAGAUUGCUGGAAGCGGCUCGGCGGGGCAAGGACGACGAGCUGGAGAUGUGCCUGUCAGCCGGGCUCCCGGUGGACACAGUCGAUGAUGUCGGCAAGCAAGUGAUGCAUUACAUAGCUCGCUACGGAAUGCUGGCAGCGUUCCACGGCUUGAUGGCGGUGGAUCCGAAUCAGAUAAACUCAAUGGACGACGCUGGUAACGUACCGCUGCACUGUGCCGUCGAGAGACAGGACAGCCUUGGCGUGUUGCAAGCCAUGCUGCAGAGGAAAGUCAGCAUUAAUGAGCGUAACAACGAUGGACUCACACCUCUGCAUGUAGCCGCAUUCUGUGGUAACACUCCGGCGGUGUCGACACUAAUCGGCCAUGGAGCAGCUGUGGAGGCGCGCACGGAGGUUUUCAAGACCCCACUCCAUCUAGCUGCACAGAAUGGCCACUCAUCGGCUGUCAAGGAUUUACUGGUCAAGGGUGCGGAUAUCACUGCUGUCUGCAAGGGUCGGUACAUGCCACUCCACCUUGCCGCCAUGUCGCCCAGUGUCAAGGCCAUCGAGACAUUGCUUGCUGGCGGUGCAGACGCGAAUUCAACAACGGAGGUCGGAGGCACGCCAUUGUACUAUGCGGCAUCGUACGGACGUCUUCCUGCCGUGGAGCUUCUCCUGCUCCGCAAUGCCGAUGCUAAUGCGUUGGACACCAACGGACGCAGUGGCAUGCACUGUGCUGCUCUGCAUGGCCGUACUGCAGUGCUGUUGCCGUUGAUCAAUGGCGGCGGCAUGCUGGAUGCACAGGACACGUUUGGCAACACACCAUUGCACUACGCCGCCAUGAAUGGUCACACGGAGAUGGUAUCGCUGCUACACCAAGUCAACGCUAGCGUCCUCACACGUAACAAGCAUGGUGACACACCACUACACGUUGCCACCAGACGAGGUCACCUGAAGGUCGUAGAGCAGCUCACGUUCUCCAGAUGUGACUUGCACGCAUGCGAUACGAAUGGAAACACGGCUUGCCAUGUGGCAUCGUUCUACGGCCGUAGCCUAGUGCUUCGCCAUCUACUAUCCCUCGGCGCACCGAUCAAUCGGCAAAAUGAGGAUGGUGACACGUGUCUGCACCUGGCCGCACGGCACAAUCGCAUCCAGUGUGUGCAGGAGCUGCUGAAUUCCAAUGCUUACGACAACAUACCUAACAAGAAAGCGGAAUUCCCCAUUGCAACGGCCGGUGCGAUAGCCCGUCCCCGACUAGAGGACUGGCAGGAGGAACUCACGUACUCCGCGCUGAUGCGUUUCGGCCCCGCCGAGAACAAACACACGCCGAUCGUGGUGUACGGCGAGAGCGAAGCCGGCAAAACGGCCCUGAUCGACUCGAUGUGCCGUCACAAGUCCAAUCCGGGCCUGCUGAGCAGCAGCGAAACGAUCUACAGUACGGAUCACCUGCCAACGCUGGGCAUACACAUUCGCGAAACCAAACUGGGCUCGAAGAUCAAGUCGGUGAUGCGUAUAGUGGAGGCGUCGGGGCACCACGACUUCCGCGCUCUGUGCGCGCCGUGCCUGCGCAUACCGCGCGCCAUCCACGUGCUGGUGCUCAACCAGCGCUGCGGCUACGACGAGCUGCAGGCGCACGCCACCGCCUGGCUGGACUUGGCGCGCAUUUGCAUGUCGCGCACGUCGCAGGGACGCGCGCUGCGCCUGCGCGUGCCGCUCAUCCUGGUGUUCAGCAACGUGGACAGCUCGGCGCUGCGCGUCACCAAGAACCCGAAGAACAACCUCAACUCCACCAACGUUGCCGAGCGGAUGUUCAAUGAGCUCCAGCCAAGGUACAAGGAGUGGUUCGACUUUGGUCCGUCACCUUGUGUUAUGGAUUGCCGCGUCCCGUUUAGUGCCGAAAUGGACAUGAUCGCAGAGCGACUCUUUCUGGCCAGAAAGUCCAUACUCAAGGAGGCCAAGGACGUGCCGAGGAUCGUCGAGAAGAUUGAAUCGCUGGUCUCCAAGAUAUCACGCAAGGCCAAGCAGCCAUGGGUGCCCUGGGAGACCUUCCAGGUCGAGGCCGGCAAGAAGUUCUUUCACAGCGAGGAUCGCACUCGCACGGAGGCCGAGGUAUUCCUGAGGCGCGCCGUGGGAUUUCUACACAAGGAACUGAAGGUGAUUUCAUUCAGCACUGGACCGGCCAAGAACUUCAUCGUCCUGGAUACAAACUGGUUCUUUGAGAAAGUGUUGCCACAACUAACGGCGCACGCCAAGCGACCUGUCGGUUUGAAGCCAUUGACGUCUGAUGACGAGGGCCACAUGUUCAUUUCUGAGUUUGAGGCCAUCAUGGCGUCCAUCGUCGGAAAUCAGCCCGUCAGCGGUAUGAUUGCACUGCUGAGACAAAUGGAGCUGCUCCACCUUCUCCGCGGCGAUGAGCUGCGUGUGCUGAUGCCCAGCUGGAUCCCGUUCGCCAACAACUCGCCCGGUCCGUACCUGCGCGAGCGCGUGGCGUUUGCCGGUCGUCGUCUGAAGCUCGGCGGCAUAUCGGCGCGCUGCGCAGUGCCGCUGGUCAAUGCCCUGGUGCUGGGCAUGCUGGAGGAGUACCCUGACUUCACCGCAUCCGUCUGGCCACUGGGCAUUCGCAUGGUCAACUUGAUCGAAAGUUCUGCCGUGGAGAUCAGUGUGGAGCUUGGUGAGCAGCGGUCUCAUGGCAUGUUGCUGGUCUACGCCACCAGCAAUCUGUCUGAGGACCUUGCCAGUGAGCCACUGAAGGCACUACUUGGCGACGUGUUAGAGGUACUGCAGCUACGUUUGCAGACCGAGGCACCGUCAAUCAGCGUGGAGGUGGCCGCUCUCAGCCAGGCCCAACUGCCACAAGUCCGGCGAGGAUCCAUAGACACGAUCUCCAGCAACAUAACCGCUAGCCGUAGUGCCGCUCUAGCCCGUGCCCAGGCCAGCGCUCCACACCUGGCCGUCACGCCACGUCGCCAGUCACCGGCAUCGCGCAGCGGUGAGCGUCACCUGUCCACGUCCAGUGCCCAGCUGACCAACGAACACUCUUUGCGCAUCACGCCUCGUCUGGACAGUCCGCAGCUGGGGACAUCGGCAGCAAGUGACAUACAGCUGGAGGAGUACGUGCAGUCGCCGGGAUUCCGGCAGAACACGGUAUGUGUGUAUGGCGACGACGAGAUCGACAACGAACGUACCACAACGGCAAUAUAACGCUGACACUACUACCUUUGAUGGCCAUGCUAUUGAACAGAGUAAACAGAAGAAACUGACCCGUCGACUGACGUACGGUUUGUUUUCGUCAUCUGUGUGUUGAAUGAUUAUCCUACCUUUGACAGCCACCCUACUGAACAGUGAACAGAACAAACUGACCCGUCGAAUGACGUACGGUUUGUUUUCGUCAUCUGUGUGUUGGAUGAUUUUCCUACCGUUGACGGCCACCCUACUGAAGAGAGUAAACUCAUUUGAUAGUAUCUGUAGGAUGAGAUCCGGCACGGUUUCGCCAUCUGCGUGUUGGAUAAUGUUCCGCCUACAGUCGACCGAUGCGUCCACCCACGUUGACCAUUUGCUCUCUCCUUGCUUGGUGGAAGGAAACGAAGACAUGUCCAAACGCGUUGAGUAUGCAGAAUUUAGAUUAGCUAGCUUCCCGCAGUAGAAGAGAUUUUGAAUUUUCGUUUUUAGUACUUUAAACCGGAGUUUGCACUUCUCUUUACACAAACACAUUCUAUCAUCCAUAUGCUCCUGUAGUAGCUCACACUGUACCCCAUCGUGACCCCAUCCCCCUGCUAUGUGUUGGUUUCCUUACUAUCUAGACUGAUUUUAUAUGAUUCUGGACUGAUUUGAAUCAUAUUAUCUUCCUUAUUGGCCAUGGGCCAUCGUGGAAAUAAAGAAUAAUAAAGAAUAAUAAAAAACACGGCUUGUAGCCAAACACGGCUUGUAGCCAAACACGGCUUGUAGCCUUGUAAAUCAUUUGGAGGCGCUAAUCUUCAUGGAUCAGGACUGUGUUCCUUCUCUCCUUGUCUCCCCCCCCCCCCCCCCCCCCCCCACACACUCUCUUUCCCUAUUUAUCAGCACUACAGAUGGAAUAUCAUCGACUCGUUGUGCAUGAUGGAUAACGAAUUCACAUCGUAUUUUCGCUAGACAACUAGUCCACAUAGUAAAUCUCUUCCAUGCUCGCGAAUGCUGCAUUUUCAUUUUAGAAAUUAGAAGUUAUAAUUUGAGAACCCGUUUGGAGCCAAUAUGACUGCAUGUAUGUCAUGA